UCGUUUGUCUGUCCGUAAUCCUUCGCGUCUUAGUGAUUUUCGCUUAUAUUAUAAGUAUAUAUUAUCAUAAUAUUUAUUAUUCAGUCAAGAGUAUCUAUUAUUGCUGGAUAAUUCAUUUUUCAGUAGUAUAAUAAUUCCUAUUACGUGUCUUGCGAAACGUAAUGUAUUCUGUGUACAAUAUUGACUCAAAUGUAAAUCCGUGACUAGCUAUAGUUAGAGAAAUAUCAUGUCUAAUAAAAGACAUGAAGACCAGAAUGAUGACCAACAAGGUCAGAAAUACCAUACUAGAAAAUCCAGAGUAAAUGAAAAAAAUACCCUAUUUGAUUUUAAGUCGCUUAAUCAACAAAAUGGACAGUCGCAUUCAAGUGGUUCCAAUUCAAAGGAAAAACAAUAUUCAGAUAAUGGAGAAGAAAACUGGAGAAAAAAUCAAAAUCAAGAAAAUAGACAAUCGCAGUGGACCUCAAUACAUAAUUCAGAAAAUCGACAAAAAAAUUGGAAAGUUAAUAAAAACUCAGAAAAUAGACGAGAAAAAGUGAGAAACAACAAAUUUGAGCAAAAACAAGACUUUGAUAAUGGCAAUAAUAAUAAAAAUUGUGAAAAUAAGUUUACUUUUAAAUUCAAACACCUUGAAGAAUUAUGUAGUAAGGAACCUUCUGAGAUUGUAUUUGUGAUGUCUAAUAAAACUAAUGGGUUCAUGGAUUUAUUCAAACAAAAUAAAGAACCGAAUUGGAUAUUCUUGCUUAUGAAAGUUUCAGCCAAGAUAUGUUCUUCAGAAUUAAUGCAAAAUAAAAUUUCAUUACUAACAGAAUUAACAUGCAAUCAAUUUUUUAGUCAUAUAAAAUCCUAUAUACUGAGUACACCUACAGAAAAAAAUAAAAAUCGAUGCAACAAUAUGAAUGCGUUUUAUGAAGAUUGCUUAGCAGUUUUUCAAUCUAUAACUAUAUUAUUUCCAAAAACAGCAGAAGAAAAAUUGAAAGAAAUAAUAGUUAGUUGUAAUAUUGCUUUAACUGGUAUUAAAACUUAUUGUGAUCAAAUUAAAAUAAAUGAAACUACAAUCAUUGAAAUGAAUGGACUAUUACAAAAAUUGAAUGAAACUAAAGUGACCAAUGAAUUAAAAUUAAAAGAAAAAUGUAUGAUUGAAAACUUAGCUCAUAUUAUGCCUCCCCCCGAAAAUUUUAGGGAACUUACAGUAUAUCCAACCGCAAUUGAUCUUAAAUAUGGUAAACCAUUUUUACGACCAAAUAUCUCAAAAGGAGCUUAUAAAAACGUAGACCACUAUUUGGACGUUCAAUUUCGUCUUUUACGUGAAGAUUUUAUUGCUCCACUUCGAGAAGGAAUACAUUUUUAUAAAGAAUUAAUAAAUGAUCAACGCCAACCUCAACGUCGGAAAAAAAUCAAUAAUAUCCGUAUUUAUCAAGAUGUUGAAUUUCAAAAAAAAGGUGAAUUUGUUCGUGAUAAAUAUGGUUAUUUAAUAAACUUUGACAUAAAAAAAAAAUUGAAAAUCAACUGGGAAAUGGCUAAACGUUUCAUGUAUGGUUCUUUGUUGCUAUUUACUGUUAAUGAUUUUAAAACUUUUUUUUUGGGUAUCAUUUUGGAGCGUAAGAUUGAACUUUUGAAACAAGGAAAAUUGAUUGUAGAAUUAUUAGAAAAUGCAAAACCUUUAUUUAAUACAUGUCUUACUAUGGUAGAGAGUGAAGUAUUUUUUGAACCAUAUAAAUGCUCAAUGGAAGUUCUUAAAACUAUGAAUGCUCAUAAUUUUCCAAUGGAGAAAUAUAUAAUAUCAGCUUCUAAAAUAGUAGAUUAUCCAUAUUACUUAGACACAUUACCUGAACCAUUUUAUUCAAUUGAUGAUUCCCAAAAAUUCUAUCUACUGAAUAAUCUUGAAUGGCCCACUAAAGAACAGCUACAACUUGAUAAAAUGCAAUUCAAAGCAUUCAAAGCAGCACUAACUCAAGAAUUUACUAUUAUACAAGGUCCCCCUGGCACAGGAAAAACAUUUAUUGGUUUAAAAAUUAUGAAAACAAUUAUAAAUAAUUUAUAUAACAAACCAUGUCUUUCUAAACCAAUUUUAGUAGUUUGCUACACUAACCAUGCGUUAGAUCAAUUCAUGGAAGGUAUUUUAAAUUUCACAAACAAAGUUAUAAGAAUUGGUGGUCAAUCUAAAUCUAAAAUAAUAGAAGAAUACAGUUUAAGAAAUAUCACUCGCAUGUACAAAAAAUCCAUUACCACUAAUAGAGGUCUAAGAAAUGUUCAAGAUCAAGUCAAAACAACUAUGGAUAACAUAAAUUAUUUUAAGAAAUGUAGUGAAGUCGUAGGAUACAACGUGGGAAUUUUAGAGUUAUCGCUAUUAAAAAAUGGUAUGCCUAAAAAAUAUCAAACAUUUUUUAAUACUACCUUGGAUCUUCUCUCUUGGUUAUUUCAAGAUCCUAAUUAUUUUAAUGUAGACCCAAUUGAAUUUAUAACUGAAAUUAACCCUGAUUUGAUUAACAAAGUUUUUCAUUCUGAAAAAUUGUUGAAAAUUGAAAAAGAAGCAAUUGUAGAUGAUGAUGAAGAUAUUCGAUAUGAACCAGAUUAUUUAGACAUCGAACAUAAUUAUAAAGAUAUUGUUAUUUAUAGUAUAACUUUAGAUGACAUUAAACAUGCUUGCAAGGAACUUCUUGAAAACAAUAUACGAUUAGAGAAUUUAUCAAAUUUAGAUUUAAAUUACUACAAUGAUUUUAAUGAAGCCAAAUUCAACUUUGAUAUAAUGGAAAAGAUACAUGAUUAUUUUGAAAAUAUGUUGAAUUUGGCUAAUGUUUAUAUGGAACUACCAAAAUCAGUAAAAGAUUUAAAUGAAUUAAAUAUGGGUCAAAGAUGGUCUUUAUAUUUUUGUUGGGUACGAGAAACAAAAGAGAUGUUUGAUCCAAAAAUAAUGAAAUAUGAAGAAAAGUAUACUCAAGUUUAUAAGCAAUAUUCUGAAUUAAGAGAGUUAGAAAACAUAGAGUUAUUAAAUAAAAUGCAUGUAAUAGCAUUAACUACUACUGGUGCAGCUAAACAUAGAAUAAUGCUGGAAGGUCUAGAGUCGCCAAUCGUUAUUGUUGAAGAAGCUGCUGAAGUUUUGGAGGCACACAUAGUUUCAUCAUUAACAAGGCAUUGUCAACAUCUUAUAUUGAUAGGUGACCACAAACAACUUCGUCCUAGUAAUGCAGUUUACAAACUGGCCAAAGAUUUUAAUUUUGAUAUUUCACUGUUUGAACGUAUGGUUAAUAAUGAUGUACCUUGUUACAUGUUGGGUGAACAACAUAGAAUGCGUCCUGAAAUAGCAUCCCUUAUAACUCCAUCGAUCUAUAAUGAAUUGAAUAACCAUAUUUCUGUUAACAAUAGAGAACACAUUCGUGGUGUUAACAAAGAUGUGUUCUUCCUAAACCAUAAUGUGUAUGAAAAAGAAGUUGAAGAAAUUUCAAGCAAAAGUAAUGACCAUGAAGCCAGAUUUUUAAUUAUGUUUGCCAGGCAUUUAAUUUUACAAGGAUAUAUAACAAAUCAAGUGACAAUAUUAACAACUUACAGUGGUCAAUUAUUUCUAAUUCGUUCAUUACAAAAAAAACAUUCAAUAUUAGAAGGUAUGAAGAUAACUGUUGUUGAUAACUAUCAAGGCGAAGAAAGUGAUAUCAUAUUACUAUCACUAGUUAGAAGUAAUGAAAAUGGAAAUGUUGGUUUUUUAAAAACGGAGAACAGAAUAUGUGUUGCAUUAUCAAGAGCAAAAUAUGGAUUUUACAUAAUGGGUAACAUGAACAAUUUAUAUAAUUCUGGUAAUUUGUGGAAACAAAUAAAAGAAACAUUGGUAAAUCAGGGUUCAUAUGGUGACGAAUUAUCAUUAGAAUGUGUUGUACAUUCUGGUAUUAUAUCAAAGGUUUCAAAGAGUGAAGAUUUUAAUAUAAUAAUGGAAGGCGGUUGUACCAUGUUGUGUAAAUCAUUAUUAUUAUGUGGUCAUUAUUGUUCAAGUAUAUGUCAUUCUUAUGACCGUGAACAUUUGGAAAUAAAAUGCAGGGAGCCUUGUAACAAGUCCUGUGAUUAUAAUCAUCCAUGUACAAAAAUAUGUUAUAUGGAUUGUGGAAAGUGCACCGUACUUAUGACAAAAGAUUUACCAUGUGGUCAUCUGUCGACAUUACCAUGCUAUGUUGAUAUUGAUACUUAUCAGUGUGAAGAAAUGGUCGAAACGAUGCUAGAUGAAUGUGGUCAUAAAAUCAUGAAAAAGUGUUAUGACAAAAGUCUAAAUUGUUCAGUUAAAUGUUAUAUUCGGUUAGAUUGUGGUCAUGCUUGUGAACGCAAUUGUCACAAGACUGAUGAUCCAGACCACAAAAUGUACAUGUGCUUAAAACCUUGUGAAAAUAUUAAUUACAAAUGCUCUUUAAAUCACAAAUGUAAAAAGAUGUGCUAUGAAGAUUGUGCAUCAUGUACAAUUAAAGUUAAAAAAACUUUGCCUUGUGGGCACAUAAAAAAUAAUGUACCUUGUGGAUUAAAUUCUAAUGAAGUUAAAUGCAAUCUUCCAUGUAUUCGUCUUUUAAAAUGUGAUCAUAAGUGUCUAGCUAAAUGCUAUGAACCAUGUAAACCUUGCAAUAAACUAGUGAAAAAAGUGAUACCAGGCUGUAAUCACUCAAUCACAAUAAAAUGUAAAACAAUACCAGAACGUAAGCAUUGCCCCAUGCAAUGUGAUCGAAUUUUAAUUUGUGGACAUAAAUGUAAGAAUUUAUGUGCAUAUGAAUGUAUCCCCGAAGAAUGUGAAGAACUGGUGUUACAAAAACAUAGUAAACUCGCUUGUGGUCAUAAUAAAGUUUGGGUCUUAUGCUGUGACAAAGAUAAAGAGUUCCGGCUGAAUAGCCAAUAUUUACUUGAUAAAUGCCGUGAACAGUGUCUACAAAAAUUAAAUUGUGGUGAUAUUUGUUUGGGCACAUGUGGAGAAUGUAAGCAAGGUCGAUUACAUAUUCCUUGCAGUGAAGUUUGCAACAAAAUUAACCUGUGUAAUCAUACUUGUAAAUUCCCUUGUAAGGAACGGUGUCCUCCUUGCAAUCAAAAAUGUAUUUAUUCUUGCGUCCAUUCUAAAUGCCCUCGUGCGUGUGGUAACCUAUGUGUACCGUGCAAGGAAAAAUGUGUAUGGGAGUGUCCACAUUUGAAAUGCACCCAAUUAUGUAAUGAAAUUUGUAAUCGAGAACCAUGUUAUGAGCCUUGCACAUUAAAGUUAAAAUGUGGGCAUAAAUGUAUAGGUUUUUGUGGUGAACCGUGUCCUCCUCUAUGUCGUAUUUGUCAAGAAGAAGAAGUGACCACAAUUAUUUUUGGUAAUGAAGAUGAACCAAAUGCAAGAUUUGUUUACUUAGAAGAUUGUAAACACACCAUUGAAUCGGAAGCUUUAUCUAAAUGGAUGAAUCAAAACGAUAAAGAAAUAUGUUUGAAACAGUGUCCUAUGUGUAAGACACCAAUUUUAAGAACCCAACGUUUCAUGAACCAAGUAAAAGUUAUGAUAGAGGACAUUUCAAUAAUAAAAUCUAAACAGUAUGGAGAAUUAAAUGCUAUUAAAAGAGGAGAAAAAAAAAUCAUUAAAACAUUAAAAUCCUUGGAUAUUAAUUUUGAUUCAAAUUAUUUUAGUGGUCAUAAUAAUGGAUAUGAUAAUAUCAAACAUCUGUGGGAUACAUUUUGCCAACCUUUAAUAGCUUCAUUAAAAUAUGUAGGAAAGCAGCGUUUAAACUUCUCUUUACCUGCAAAAGAUAUAGAAUCUUUAAAUUUUGUCAUUGAUUUGUUUAAAACUACUUCAAAGUUUAAAAAAAGAAUUGAAGAAAUCAAUGACAUCCAAAAAAAACAAAUAAUCACUACCCACUUUAAGUGGUUACUUGAAGUUGCUUUUACUUAUUCUAGACAAUUAUCUAACCAACAAAAACACGAUAUAAAUAUGGAAGUUGCAAGAGGUGCUAGGAUAUUACAUUUAUUCGAAAUCAUGUCUACUCCUAAGUAUAAGAUGGCAAGUGGACUAAAGAUACAAAAUUCUAAUACAACUGAAUUAGUAGACUUAGUAAAAAAUAUGGAGGCUUUAUUAAUGUCAUGUAAAAUGUAUACCGUUGAUAGUGAAACAGACAUAGAUAUAAUAACCAAAUUAAUUAAUGAUAAAUUUGAUGGAUUGGCAAUUAUUACUGAUGAAGAGAGAAAGAUGAUACAUGCCGCAAUGUCUACCAGUUUUCUGGAGGGCUCUAGAGGUCAGGGUCAUUGGUGCAAGUGUCCUAAUGGACACAUUUAUGUUAUCACAGAAUGUGGAGGACCAAUGCAAGAGGCUGUUUGUCCUGAAUGUAAAGUACGAAUUGGAGGGCAAAACCAUAGACAUGCUCCAGGCGUAACAGUGGCUUCAGAAAUGGAUGGUGCUAAUCAUCUCAUGUUUCAAACUUGAUUAUUUUAACUUAUUCACUCAAAGAUAUUAUUUUAACAGUUUAUAUUUUACUUUUAAUUUUACAAACUAUUUGAUUUAAUUACAUUUUUUAUAAUA